AGGAGGUGGUGACUCCCUGGGGGAGGGAAGCAGCAGAAAUGCCUUCGAUGACAGACCAGCAGGCUGAAGCCCGCGCCUUCCUCAGCGAGGAGAUGAUUGCGGAGUUCAAGGCCGCCUUCGACAUGUUUGAUGCGGAUGGCGGCGGAGACAUCAGCACCAAGGAGCUGGGGACGGUGAUGAGGAUGCUGGGCCAGAACCCCACCAAGGAGGAGCUGGACGCCAUCAUAGAGGAGGUGGAUGAGGAUGGCAGCGGCACCAUCGACUUCGAGGAGUUCCUGGUGAUGAUGGUGCGCCAGAUGAAGGAGGACGCCAAGGGCAAGUCUGAGGAGGAGCUGGCCAACUGCUUCCGCAUCUUCGACCGGAACGCGGACGGGUUCAUCGACAUCGAGGAGCUGGGCGAGAUUCUGAGGGCCACGGGGGAGCACGUCACCGAGGAGGACAUAGAGGACCUGAUGAAGGACUCGGACAAGAACAACGAUGGCCGCAUUGACUUCGAUGAGUUCCUGAAGAUGAUGGAGGGUGUGCAGUAAGGGACCAGACAUUCCUCAGGCCGGCCGCUGCACCCAGCCCUGCUCCACCACCCCCAGGGAGCAGCAGCUCCGCAGCGCCCGGCCCCCCGCUCCCGCCCCCCGCCAGAGCUUUUCCUCCAGUCUGUCACAUGCGGUUUCGGUCUGAGCCUCAAUAAAAGGGGAAAAGCUUGA